UGUUGUCUGUUUUUUACACCAGCUUUAGCUCUGCAGAGAUGAAGCGCCCCCUCCACCCUCUUCUUCUCUCUCUCAUCAUGUCUAUGUGUGCUGGGAGCAAAGGCCAUGCUGAGCAUCUGACCAGGGACAACUUGACCAUGUCCCUCUUGCCUGCUAACUUCCACAAAGAGAACACAGUCACCAAUGACUGGAUCCCAGAGGGGGAAGAGGAUGAGGACUAUCUGGACCUGGAGAAACUACUCAGUGAAGAUGAUGACUACAUUUAUGUCGUUGAUGCAGUUUCCCCGACAGACUCAGAAUCAAGCGCUGAGAGCAUCCUGCAGCUCUUCCAAGGCAAGAGCCGAAUCCAGCGUCUCAAUAUCCUCAACGCAAAGUUUGCCUUCAACCUUUACCGAGCGCUGAAGGACCAGGCUACUGCCUCUGAUAACGUCAUCAUAGCACCUGCUGGCAUUUCUAUUGCCAUGGCGAUGAUUUCCCUAGGUUUGAGGGGACAGACCCAUGAGGAAGUCCACUCAGUUCUACACUUUAAAGACUUCGUCAAUGCUAGCAGCAAGUAUGAGAUCACCACCAUUCAUAACCUCUUUCGGAAGCUGACCCAUCGCCUAUUCAGGAGGAACUUUGGGUACACUCUCCAGGCCGUCAAUGAGCUUUACAUUCAGAAGCAGUUCCCCAUCCGGGAGGGCUUCAGAGCUGCUAUGAGAGAGUUUUACUUUGCUGAGGCCAGGGAGGCUGACUUCUCGGAUCCCGCCUUCACAGCAAAGGCAGACAGGCACAUCUUGAGGCUCACCAAGGGCCUCAUCAGAGAAGCUCUGCAGAAUAUCGAUCCUGCUACUCAGAUGAUGAUUCUCAACUGCAUCUACUUCAAAGGUAAGAAGCCACUUUAUGACUCUCAGAGGAAACUCACAAGCCAGCCGCCUGGUAUACAAAGAGUUAAUGCCAAGAGCUGUACUAUAGCUGUAAGUUAG